GACUCUUCGAUCGUUUUUUUUCUUCCUUCACAAUGGAAAGGUAGUAAGUGGUAAAACAGAAUGGGUGCAUGUUUAUCAUCAUUUUGUUAAUUAAUUAAUUAAGUGUUUGAUUAUUUUUGUGUAUAACCAUGGACAACAUCCAGAUAAAUGGAUUUAAGUCCGCUUCAGAGGAUGGGCAACUAAAUUAUCGUAAUCUGCCUGAAAAAAGGACAGAGUCACUCAUAAAAAGGAUCAAAAGAUUACAAUGGAAACAAUUGGAGAAACAUGCCACAGAGCAACUUGAAGCAUUUUAUACAAGACAAAAGAACAUAAUCCUCAAAAAUUGUCAAAAUGUUACCAAACAAGAACCAAAUAGUCAAAUCGAUAAACCAUUCUCAUCUAAAUUUUCUAAUUGCCCAUCAUCACAAUCAUGUCACAAAGAAUCUCAGGAGACACAGACACAAUCACAACCAUCUACACCACCAAAACCUUCAUCGCAAUCAAAUUUGCGCAUUGAACAAGCUUCACAAUUUUCCUCUGCACAACUGUCACCACCAACUGAUUCUCCUUUACCUCUUGUGUUUUCAUCAACUAGCUCUCCAAUACAAGCUUCAUCUAAAAAUGCGGAAAAGACUAAUUUAACGCCUUCUGAAGAAAUUAAAACCAAUAGUGGUCCACCUCCUGUAAUCUUGGUUGAUAAACAACAACAAACCUCUGGUCUUAAUUCGUCUGAUAUCAUGGAGGGUGGUUACACUAUAAGUUUUGAACCAACAAUGAUUCCUGAAUCUUACACUUCCAACAAAUUAACAUUUACCGAUGAGGUCACUCUACAAUCAAUGCCUGCACAUUUAACCUUGAAAUCUAUUCCUGAUCGCUCGUUUGCAGACUUACAGUCGUUUGAAAAUCAACUAGUUACAUGUAAUAAAUUUGCACCCUCCCUUUUAGAUUCUCCAGAAGAUGAAUUGUUGCGUUCCGCCGUUGGCAUUCUUACCUCAAAUCUCAAACAUUUCGAGUAUAGUUAUGAUUCUGAUGCCACAGAGAGUAGCUCAGGUGGCGAAAGCUGUGAUGAAUUUGAGAAUGUUUUCAUUGACAAUUUUCCCAGACCUGAUUCUAGUUCAAAUUUUUAUGAACCAAUACAAAGGAAAGCAAAUUGGCGUUGGUUAAACGAGAGAAGUGCGAUUGCAUCUAGAUGGACUUGGCUCCAGGCUCAAGUGGCAGAUUUAGAAUUCAAAAUUAGACAACAGAAUGAAAUGUAUCGCCAGCUUCGUGCUAGCAAAGGCUCAAUCGCCUUUUAUUGUAAAGAAAGUUCACCAAAUGCGUCUUCAAUACCAAAUUGUUCGAGUGAAGCCUUGGGUACCAAUAAUUCUCUUGGGAAUGUCAGCAAUGGGACACUGAACACUUCUGCAAAUGCUCCUACUAGUAAUGGAAUAAGUGAAUGUAGUUUACCUUCAGUCAAUAGUGAUUCAACUAUUUCUUUGUCCCCUCCAGCUUCAACGGCGAAAACAUCACCAUCAACACAAUCUUCACAGCAGCCCCUCAAUUCAACCUUUCCUUGCACGAUGACACCAUUAGUAACUACUUUUUCAUCGCCAUCCCAAAAAGCAUCGCAGUCUAUCAAAGAUCCCACCACCCCUACCACCACCGAGGAUAACAACAGUGAGAAAGAAGUUCACCACUGUGCCCGAACCUUACCGUUGAAGCAGAUGAGGAAAAGGAAACUAGUCCGAUCUUGUAAUGCUAUUACAAUGGCUUCAAGGAAAAUCGCUCGUUACUCAACAGUUCAAUGUACAUGUUCAAAUUAUCCAAAAUUUGUUUCGCCUUGUGUUUUAUGCAAUGGUCGUUUUAGUCAUCUUCAGAUGAUAGAUACCGAUUGUAUGCCUAAUUACGAACGGUAUGCUCUUCUGGAUCCAAGUUAUCAUCCCGUUUUAUCUUUACCUAAUGAUGUCGCUUUAGGAUUGUAUUUCUCAAAACUAUUGAAAAAAGAAACUGUUCAGAAACCAUUAAUAUCAUCAACAACAGCCAAAUUUACUAAUAAAAACAGGUCCAACCAUACUUCAGAGUUUUCUUUUAAAUUUGGUCCAGAUAAUAAAAAGAUCAACCGACGCAAAUCUCAGGCCGUCAUAUCUUCAACCAAAUUGAAGAAAAAAUAUGAUGGCACAACGAAAAAGAAAUAUGCUAAAGGAAACAGUAAUUUGCGGAAACGCUCUUUGCGAGGAAAGAAUGAUCAAGCCAACGGCUCUGGCGAUGAUGCUCGCACUGAAUCUCCAUCACCGUCACCUCUCUCUUCAGAAAAUUCAAAUGUUCCAAUCCACAGGAGACGUCGUAGCGAACAAUAUGCCUAUGACAUUAACAACAUAGUGAUUCCAUAUAGCAUUGCGUCAACCACCAGAGUGGAAAAAUUACAAUAUAAAGAGAUUAUCACACCUAAAUGGCGUUACGUUGAGGUCAACAACAAUGCUAAUUCUAGUACUAACAACGAUAAUAAUGCUAACAAUGAUAACAAUAACAACAGCAACAGUAAUAACAACAAUAAUAAUAGUAGUAACAGCAGUUCUCAUAACAAUUUGUUCCAUUUUGAUGAGGCUGAAGAAACCGAUGAGGACACUUCAGAUGAAACCUUUGCCAUUCGUCAUUUAAAAUGUGAAAUUGAUGAGAGAAAACAAUUUUCAAGUUAUCUCAAAAAUCCAGGUGGUUCUGGACCUGGUCGUGGUCGUGGUGCAAGGACACGUUUAGACAGUGCAAGAUCCGAUGGGGGUAAAAAUACACUCAACAAUAAUAGCGGGAAAAAUAUUCUUAAUAGCAAAAGCAAUCCCAUUAAUAGUAAAAUUACAAGUGUUCCAAUCAGUAAUCAUAAUAUCAAUGACUCUGUACAGAAUGUUGAUAUUUCCAGUCAAGAUUCUUUAGUAACAGCGCCGAUCAAUCUAAACAUGUGUACCAAUGAUGAUAGUUUACCAUCAUCAUCGACAGCAACAACAACCACUGUUACCUCUGUGGUGCCCACCACAACUAUAUCAUUAGUAAUACCAACAACAACAUUAACUACCCUAACAAACUCAAUGAUAACUACAGCACCAGUAAAUGUACCAACAUUAGCACCAACAACGGAAACAGUACCAGUACCAACAUCAGUAACAGAACCGUUGUCAGCACCAAUAGCAGUGUCGACCCCAACCCCAGUUUCUUUAUCGAUGCUCGCAUUAGCUCAUGAAACUGAAACAGCAUCUACUGAAUCAUCGGAAUCAACCACCACAGAAACAGCUGCAGCUACAGUUACUACUAAAGCAACAAGCAUUACAACUACAACCUCAACUUCAUUACCUUCAUUGAAACUUGCUUCCAAAACAGUUUCUAUGACAGCUCCACCAACGCCCAAUAGUAAUACAAUAAUGGAAUUAGUGACUGAUCAUGAAACAAUGCAUGGGCCUCCCGGUAAAACACAAAAUCGAAACCGCACCUCAUCAUCGUCCAAAUGUGAAGAUUUUGUGGAUGAAGAUGCUUUCAUUGAAGUGCAUCCCUAUGACAAGAGAAACUUUCCUAUCAGUGAUCAAGAAUAUGAGGAAAUGUUACGUAUAUCUAUGGAGAGUAUACGUGAAGAUGAAACAUUAAUUAAAUCUGAAGUCGAUGAUGAUGUUUCAAUAUCAUCAUCAUCAUCAUCAUUAUUUUGAUGAGAAUCACUAUAAAAAAGCUAAAUUGUAAAAAUAUUGUAACAAUGAGGUAUUAAAAUAAUUUGAUAAAUUGAAA